ACAGACAGUUGGACGGGCAUUUCCCUUUCCUUUCUCUCCUUCUUCGUCGCUCAUUGUAUUAUUAAAUUUUGUUAUGACAUUAUAAUUUCAUUGUUUGUGUCCUUCUUUCAGCCUUUUCUCCAUUAAACAUCUCUUUCUUCCCUUUGCCUACUCUUAUACACAAAUCAAUUAACUGCUAUAUGGAAGAGCCGGAUUCUUGAUAUGUCCUAGGGUCAUUUAUCGCUGUGGAAUCACAGAAAUGGCAUUUUAUAUCCAUGCCGGAGGUGCCGCCAGCCGUCCUUUGCUGGAACCCUGUUCCCAGGGCUAUCUUCUGUUUAAAGAUGUCUUGACCCGAUUCUCCAAAUUAGAUAUCACGCAGAUUGGAUCUCUUGUUGCAAUUGCCGGGGUAUUGCCAAGCGCUUGGAGGUUCUUACGGCAUGCCUGGGAUGAGACAUAUAGCUGGGUAAGGCAUUGUUUCCUAGCCUCAGUCACCAUACCCGGAGGAGAUCCUCUAAACAGGAGCGUGGUGGAAUGGAUCCUCGCAAACAGACCUCGUAACUAUCGGUCGUUCACGGGGCUUACGGAAGUUGGAAAUUCCGGCAUGGACCGGGCUGCUGCACUGAAGAAAACUCGACAUCCAAUUCGGAAUGCGUUUCUUGUGGAGCGUUCCAGUGACAGUCACAGUAUCGCCAUGUCGAAUAACCCAGGAUAUGACGGCAUUGGAGGAGAGGAACUCACAAUAAGCUGCUUUGGCUGGUCUGUAGAACCUGUCAAAAGGUUCAUAAAAGCCUGUCGGGACUAUACCGAGACGCAAACUCAGUUUUUUGUUAUAAUCUACUCAAGGGACCGAUAUGGCCUUGCAUGGCAACCUAAAGCACGGAAACCUAUUCGUCAUCUGGAUACCGUCCAUUUCGAUAAUCAGCUCAAGCAGGAUCUGCUCGCGGACAUUCGCAAUUAUCUGGACCCCAAGACUCAGAAGCGUUAUCAAACACGGAGUAUGCCGUAUCGCAGAGGGUAUCUUUUCUACGGUCCACCUGGGACUGGAAAAUCGUCCUUAUCGCUCGCUAUUGCGGGUGAGUUUGGGCUUGACCUUUAUGAAGUGAAGAUUCCCAGUGUUGCCACCGAUGCCGACCUGGAGCAGAUGUUUCAAGAUAUACCACCAAGAUGUGUUGUAUUACUUGAAGAUAUCGAUGCUGUGUGGGUGGAUCGGUCGAACUCAUCCAAACCUGUGCAAGAUGGACAACCUAUGCCGAAUUGCACUUUAUCCGGACUGCUAAAUGUGCUGGACGGUGUGGGCUCACAAGAAGGUCGAAUUGUUAUCAUGACAACUAAUAGACCGGAAGCCCUCGACAGUGCACUCACCCGACCGGGACGCAUUGAUAUGAAGGUUUAUCUAGGCAACAUCAGUCAGAAGUCUAGCGAGGAGAUGUUCCUCCGCAUGUUUUCGCCUGAUCUGGGCUUCAAAUUCUCGUUUGACAUGGAUGAAAUGCGAGACCUGGCCACUAGUUUUGCCAGUCAAAUUCCCGAUGACAAGAUAACCCCCUCUGCUCUACAAGGGUUCUUCCAACAGCAUUUAGACAGUCCCCAUGACGCCGUCUCCUUAAUUGGUGGAUGGGUCAAGGAGGAACUUGCCAAGAAAUCUGAUAAAGAAUUCGAGGUCAUAAUCAACAACGAAAAUGCAGUUUAA